CGCCGCCGCCGCCAUCUUGGGACGCCGGCCGGGUCACCUGACCUCCCCGCCCACCUCGGCAGCCACCUUCGCUGAGAGGGCGGGGCCGGCUGGCCAGCGCGGCCCGGGGGCGGGGCCCGAAGCCGACGGCCCCGCCCCUGUCUACAGGCCCCCGCCCCUGCCGGUCCCGCCUCCAUGCCCAUCCCAAGAUGGCGGAGAUCCCCCUGUACUUUGUGGACUUGCAGGAUGACUUAGACGACUAUGGAUUUGAAGACUAUGGGACAGAUUGCAACAACAUGAGAGUAACGGCCUUCUUGGACGUUCCAGGCCGGGAUAAACUGCCUCCACUCACUCGCCUGGAGAAGUAUGCUUUCAGCGAGAACACCUUCAACCGGCAGAUUAUUGCCAGAGGGCUGCUUGAUAUCUUCCGGGACUUCAGUAACAAUGAAGAAGACUUCCUCACGGUAAUGGAGAUUGUAGUCAGAUUGUCAGAAGAUGCAGAGCCCACAGUGCGGACUGAGCUGAUGGAACAGAUUCCUCCUAUUGCCAUUUUUUUACAAGAAAACAGAUCAAAUUUUCCAGUGGUGCUCUCUGAAUAUCUCAUACCUAUUGUAGUGAGGUACCUCACAGAUCCAAACAAUCAGGUGAGAAAAUCAAGUCAGGAAGUGCUCUUGAUUCUUCUGGAACAAGACCUAAUUUUCCAGCGUGAUAUUGAAAACAAAGUGUGUCCCAUUCUCCUGCAGCUCUCUGCCCCAGACAGUGAUGACGAAUAUAAAGCAGAAGCUGUGAGCAUAAUCUGCAAAAUGGCUUCAAUGCUGAGUAAGAGUACAGUUGAACGCCUGCUACUCCCCCGAUUCUGUGAACUGUGUGGUGACGGGAAGCUCUUUCAAGUUCGGAAGGUUUGUGCUGCAAAUUUUGGUGAUAUUUGUCAUGCUGUUGGACAAGAAGCUACUGAGAAAUUUUUGAUCCCAAAGUUCUUUGAGCUCUGCUCUGAUGCUGUUUGGGGCAUGCGGAAAGCCUGUGCGGAAUGCUUCACGGCUGUGUCGCACAGCUCCUCCCCUGGGGUCCGCAGAACCCAGCUCUCCCCGCUCUUCAUCAGACUUGUCAGCGACCCCUGCCGAUGGGUGCGCCAGGCUGCCUUCCAGUCCCUCGGCCCCUUCAUUUCCACCUUUGCAAACCCCUCCAGGGCUGGCCUUUAUCUUCGAGAGGAUGGCGCCCUGAGCAUCUGGCCACUCACCCAGGAUUUGGACUCUGGUUUUGCCUCUGGCUCACCUGCUCCCAGCAGUGGUGGUAAUACUUCCCCUGCCAGUUUAACUAGUUCAGCAAAGCCUGUGCAGAGGGAGCCAGAGCUACCCGUGGAAGGGACCUCAGCGAAAACCAGUAAUUUCCCGCACAUCAGUAGCUCCUCUGACGGCCCAACGGAAAACCCUGUGGAAAGCUGUGUGUCAGCUGGAGCUGAGUUGACCAGGCUUUCCCCAGAGACCAGCGCCUUCUCAAAGCUUUCUGACAUGAACGACCUCCCCAUCAGCAGCUACCCUGGAUCAGAUUCCUGGGCCUGCCCAGGGAACACUGAGGAUGUGUUCAAUCAUUUUCUUUAUUGGCGAACUCCUCUCCCUGACAUAAGCAAGGACUUAGAGCUGCUUCUGAGCGAGGCUGGGCCUCAGGAGGACGACUGCAACAGACCUGGGGUUGUGCAUAACAGCUGUGUGGCCCGGAGUGAGAUUCAGAAAGUCCUUGAUAGUUUGCAGGAGCAUCUGAUGAAUGAUCCAGAUGUUCAAGCUCAAGUUCAGGUAUUAUCCGCUGCACUGAGAGCUGCACAGCUCGACUGCGUGAAUGAACCUGAGAGCAAGCCAACAGCAGGCCUAAAUGAAGUGUCCAUUUCACAUCCCAGCUCUGCCUCUGACAAUCAGAUCACUCUGGCGGCCUCAUCAUCUCAGAAUGAGCUCUUUGUGGCCAGGAUAUUACAAAGCCCAGAUCCAGGUGAAUCCAGAAAUGGAACCAGUGACCAUCUGGAGACUGACCAGAGGCAGGAUCCCACCCCACUUGAAGAGAAUAAAUCUAAAUUACAGGAUGUAAUACCUCAGCCGCUGCUAGAUCAGUAUGUGUCCAUGACUGACCCAGCUCGAGCCCAGACUGUCGAUACUGACAUAGCCAAACACUGUGCCUACAGCCUCCCAGGGGUGGCACUGACCCUGGGCAGGCAAAAUUGGCACUGCCUGAAAGAUACGUACGAAACACUGGCUUCUGAUGUACAGUGGAAGGUACGGCGAACCCUAGCCUUCUCCAUUCACGAGCUGGCUGUGAUUCUUGGGGAUCAGUUAACAGCAGCUGACCUGGUGCCUAUCUUCAAUGGAUUUUUAAAGGAUCUGGAUGAAGUGCGAAUAGGAGUUCUUAAACACCUGUAUGAUUUUCUAAAGUUGCUUCAUGAAGACAAGAGGAGAGACUAUCUUUAUCAGCUUCAAGAAUUUGUAGUGACUGAUAACAGCAGGAAUUGGAGGUUUCGAUAUGAACUAGCAGAACAGCUGAUACUGAUUCUGGAACUCUAUAGUCCCAAUGAUGUUUAUGAUUACCUAAUGCACAUUGCCUUAAAGUUGUGUGCAGAUCGAGUUUCUGAAGUUCGGUGGAUCUCCUUCAAACUAGUCGUGGCAAUUCUGCAGAAGUUCUAUUCCAACAGUGAAAGUGCAUUGGGAUUAAAUUUCAUCAAUGAGCUCAUCAUAAGGUUCCGGCACUGUUCUAAGUGGGUUGGAAGGCAAGCUUUCGCUUUCAUUUGUCAGGCAGUGGUGAGCAAGGAGUGUGUCCCCGUGGACCAGUUCGUGGAGCACCUGCUUCCCAGCCUCCUGAGCCUCGCGUCAGAUCCUGUGCCCAACGUGAGGGUUCUGCUAGCCAAGGCCCUAAGGCAGAUGCUGUUGGAAAAGGCGUAUUUUAGAAAUGCCGGUAACCCUCAUCUUGAAGUCAUUGAAGAGACCAUCUUAGCAUUGCAGUCAGACCGGGACCAAGAUGUUUCGUUUUUUGCAGCCCUAGAACCAAAGCGGCGGAAUAUCAUAGACACUGCUGUACUAGAAAAACAGAAUUAACUACUCCGUGAUGAGUUGCAGUCUGAUUAUUUCAUGCUUGGCACAUAUGGCUUACCAUAACUUGAAGGGAAACUGAUUGUAUUAUACCAGCUGGGGGAGAUUUUGGAACCUUUCGUACUGUGCACUCAGUGACUGACGCCUUCUCCAUCUGUACCCCGAAGGGACUGAACCUGAUGGGGGCUUUUUCUGGAUGGCUGGGCCAUCCUGAUCAAGCCUGAUCAGUAAGUCUGUGGAAAGAUUGCAGACCAGGUGGCUAACUGGGCACUGGAGCCUCUGAACUAUCAGGCUGCCUGCCAGCAAGUUCUUUUCUCCAUGGCAGACUGUAUGAUCUGAAGUCUCCCCAACCCUCUCCAAGUAAAGUAGUUUAUUAGAAGCUCUUAAGUCUUUAAUAGACCUGCAUAUUUCCUUCCCUUAUGAUUUCCUAUAAAAUAUAGUUUAUGGUGUUAUAUUUUAUUUUUAACUGAAAUACUGUACAUAUGUAAAUAACUCUUGACAGGCAGAAAAUAUAUUAUGUAGUAUUUGCCCCCUAUCAGUGAGCUGAACAAAUACAUCAUUUAAAUCUAUGCUCCACUUUGAGUUGCUACAAAUAUGGUUCAAUUUGUUUAUUUUUGAAAAAUGUGAUAAAGAAAUCUAAAGAAUGAUUGAUGGCAGUCUUUCUAAUAUUGUGCCUUUGUUGUAAACUACUUGGAACUUUUCCUCAGGCACUCACUCCUCCCCGCCUGACAGGAACUGUUUCCAUGAAGAUAUGUGUUGGCCUUUGAUAGAGGCAUAAAGCUGAAAGAUUUUUCAUUUUUAUAUGGAUAUGCUGUCAUAUGUUUAAGAACUUGAGAGGGAAAUGGAUAACUGAGGUUUUUCCAUUUUUAUAUGGAUAUGCUAUAUGUUUAAAAACUUGGGAGGGAAAUUGAUAACUGAGAUGCGUGGAUAUUGACUUUAUAUCUAAUGCUUUAGAAUCUUAACCAAAAAAAAAAAGGAAAACUCAGUUCUGAUCAGAACCUGCCCACAAGUUCUACACACCUCUGACUUUGGGGGUCAAAUUAUAUACUCUUCAAAUUGACUUAAAUACACAUCACUUAGAUUUCAUGCGUUUCAAAUUUAGACUAAGAGAACGAUGCUCUAGAAUUUAACCAGGUUUUUAAAAUCAGUAAUUUAAGAUUUUCUAACCAUUUGAACAAAUUUUACAUACAUGUAUGCACAUGUCAUUUUUCGUGUUUCUAUUUUUAUGUUCUCAAAGGUAGGAUAAGGGAAGGAAGGAGGAAACAGCCCAUUUGGGGUUCAAGAGCCAGCUCUGCUAAGGGCUUGUAAGCUAUUAUAUAUAGUCUGCCCUUUGGUCUUUUCCUUGUUUGUCUUGUCUUUAUUUUUUAAUGAAAUUUUUGAAGCUAUGUAUUGAAUUUUCUAGUAUACAGGAUGUUACUCCCACCUCCAAAUUCCAUUUAACUGAUUCUUUUAAAAGAAAGAUAGGAAUAUAUACACCAUGCCAAAAUAAUAAUAAGGUACGUAUGUGAGUCAUACCCCAGGGUAAGUCAUACCCCAGGGUAGCAUUUAGGCAGCAUCGGCAAAAAGUGAGUUAAUAAAUCGGAAGCUACAUAUUAAAAAAAAAAAAUCAGUCAAUCCGUCGUGUGUUUAAUUCUUGCCUAAAGUAAAUGGAGAUAUUGUUUUGCUUUGAUAACUAGCAAUUUUUAAUUUUUUUAUUGCCUGCAAAUUGAGAUUGUUUUGUUAAAAUCUGUUGAUCUAGCAGCAAGUAGAAUUAUUCAACUGGAAUCUUGUAUUCUAUUCAGAGCUUAAUUUUCCGUUAAGGAAAAAAAAUGAGCUUCAGUUUGUGUUGUGAUGUGUAUAAUUUGCAUGCUGAAUCACAACAUGCUUGGAGAGAUUGUAGAGACUGGUAAAUAAUCUAACCUUUACAAUUUCCGUUUAUAUGUUAACAUUUUUCUAUAAUAUGAGUGCCUUUCCAAUGCAAAGAUAUUUUUUAUGGCUGUAAUUUCUCUGUAAAAAUAAUUUUUAAGCGUACAUUUUAUUCUUUUUUUGCAACGACCGAGAUUUUUCCAAGAUUGUUCUGUUUCCCCUUGCCCUCCUAGCUCCCGCCCCCAUCACUUCGGCGCUUGUAUUUUCUAAUUAUUCAUGGGUGCCAUGUUGAGUGUUUGUAAUUUGACCACCACAGGUAAGCUUCCUGUUUACUCGAACACUCAGCCUCAUCUCCGGUGAAUGAAUGGAAAAGCACAGAUGGGUUUCUCCCAGGCAGAGCUCACUCUAAAGGUGUCUUCAUAGAGCCAGCCCAGCCUUUCUCAAGGGGGCAUUUCCCCACUUAAGUGUGUUUAUCAGCAUCUUUCUCCCGCCAAGAAUUCAAGAGCAUUUUCAAAAUUGAUAGAUUUUGGUGCAGUUUUGCAAAUUUCCAUGGAAGGCUGUCUCCCACUUCUGGGAUCCACCCCCAAGUCGGGACCAGAUCUGCUGCAGGGAGUCAUGUUUAUGAAAUGUUGGUUUAUUUUUAUUUUUAUUAUUUUUUUUAUUCAUUCAUACUAGAAGUGUUUUUAUAACGAACGUCUGCACUUUACAACUCUGCAGGCCAUGCAUGCAAUGGUGAUUUACAGCCUUGUUCACGUGUAAUUCCUGCAGGUGAUUUAUCCCAAUUUAUGCAAAGAUCCCAUUUUAAACAGACACGGAGAAGUGGUAACCGUUUCCUAACAGCAGCAAGAAUGCCCCUUCCGUUUGCCUGGUGAAAAGAACUGACAUUAACAGCAACUUGGAGGCUUCCAGGAGGUGGGGACGUGGCCUGAGCUAGGGACGGGGCCCCAGUGCCGGUUGUCGGAGCGUGGCCGCACGGCGAUGUCUCUGUAUUUAUCAAUAAAUCUCCCGGUUGCUCUGGGAA